AAGGCGAUUGUCAUAUGAUAGCUAAGAAGUGGCACAUUAAUGAAGCGCCGCUACAGGGGUCUUUUCUGCUCCUGUCACCGCUUAAAACUAUCAGAUGGUGCGAGGGAGGACGUGGAGGCAGCCGCCUAGCGCAGCGCAGCCGCGGAGCCCGCAGCAGCGCCCUCCCGAGUCCCUAAGCCGCCGCUGCCCGCGUCCGCGCCCGGACGCUGCAGCCCAGCUCGACCGCCCGCGGGACGCACGGCCCGGACCCGGUGGCACAGAGCGCUGCGGGGCUGAUCUCUGCACUCCAGGUCGGCGUGCAGUCGGUCCCGACCCGGACGCCGCUGCGCUGGGGCGGUGUGCCGAGGGCGACGCAGAGACCCGGGGGGCCAUCCGGAUGCGGACGAGCAACUCGCAGCAACUUUAAGAUCCGACCAGCCUGCCGGACCCGGAGCGCGGAGAGGCCGAACGCGAAGAUGCCUCGGCCGGGCCGCAACACGUACAGCGACCAGAAGCCGCCCUACUCGUACAUCUCGCUGACCGCCAUGGCCAUCCAGAGCUCGCCCGAGAAGAUGCUGCCGCUGAGCGAGAUCUACAAGUUCAUCAUGGACCGCUUCCCCUACUACCGGGAGAACACGCAGCGCUGGCAGAACAGCCUGCGCCACAAUCUCUCCUUCAACGACUGCUUCAUCAAGAUCCCACGGCGGCCGGACCAGCCCGGCAAGGGCAGCUUCUGGGCGCUGCACCCCAGCUGCGGGGACAUGUUCGAGAACGGCAGCUUCCUGAGGCGACGCAAGCGCUUCAAGGUGCUCAAGUCCGACCACCUGGCGCCCAGCAAGCCGGCCGAUGCGGCACAGUACCUGCAGCAGCAGGCCAAGCUGCGGCUCAGCGCGCUCGCCGCCUCGGGCACACACCUGCCACAGAUGCCCGCGGCCGCCUACAACCUGGGCGGCGUGGCGCAGCCCUCGGGCUUCAAGCACCCAUUCGCCAUCGAGAACAUCAUCGCGCGGGAGUACAAGAUGCCCGGGGGCCUGGCCUUCUCCGCCAUGCAGCCGGUGCCCGCGGCCUACCCGCUCCCCAACCAGUUGACUAGCGUGGGCAGCUCGCUGGGCGCGGGCUGGCCGCACGUGUACGGCUCGGCCGGCAUGAUCGACUCUGCCACCCCGAUCUCCAUGGCGAGCGGUGACUACGGCGCCUACGGGGUGCCGCUGAAGCCGCUGUGCCACGCGGCGGGCCAGACGCUGCCCGCCAUCCCCGUGCCCAUCAAGCCCGCGCCAGCUGCGGUGCCCGCGCUGCCCGCGCUGCCCGCGCCCAUCCCCGCCCUGCUCUCGAACUCGCCGCCCUCGCUCAGCCCCACGUCCUCGCAGACCGCCACCAGCCAAAGCAGCCCCGCGACGCCCAGCGAGACGCUCACCAGCCCGGCCUCGGCGCUGCUGUCCGUGGCUGUGCACUGACCUGCGGGAGCCGCGCCCACGUCGC